AAUUUCUUAUUUUCCUCUUUUUUGUGUUAAAGGGAAGUUGGGUUAGGCAAAGGAGCGGAGAAGGGUCCUUCCUCGCAUUGGAUUUGAUUUGGGGUAUGGAGUCUCGUCACGCCUCCCUUGGUCGUCGAACGUUGGAAGAAAUUCGUCAAAAGAGAGCAGCAGAGAGAUUAAGCAAGACGUCUUCUGGACCAGAUCUUGCUAAACCUGAGGUUUUGGGGAUUACAAAAUCUCAGAGUGCAACUCGCCUAUCAGAGAAUGAUAUCACUGCCUUAGUUUCUCAAUUGAAAGUUGUGCAAAAACAAAACACACAACUAGAUGAAGAAAAUAGAGCACUCGCCUCAAAGCUUCAGACAAAAGAAGUUGAGAACAACAUGUUGCAAAAACGUCUUAAUGAUCUGGAGCAAAUCACUAUACCUUCAUUAAGAAAAGCACUCAAGGAUGUUGCCAUGGAAAAGGAUGCAGCAGUUGUUGCACGAGAGGAUCUUUCAGCUCUGCUUCGUACAAUUAAGAAACGUUUGAAGGAAGUAGAAGAGGAACAGUAUCGGGCUGAAGAGGAUGCGGGAUCUCUAAGAGCAGAACUAAACUCAUUACAGCAGCAAGCAAUGACCGGUCCUGUUAGUGGUUUAACUUCAAUGAAUUUUCCGCCAGAUCAUAUGCAAGCUAUGGAGAAAGAGCUAGCAAAUUUAAAAUCUCAAUUAGAGCAACUGACCCUGUUGAGGCAACAAGAAAGACAGCAGUUAGCGGAGGAGAAAGCGCAUGUAUCUGCACUAAGUUCUCAAAAGCAGGAUUUGGAAGAGAAGCUUGCUGUUAUGUCCAAAAAGGUCUCAGGUGAAGUCACCGGAAAGGCAUCCCAGAAGACAUUCUCAGAGGAAGACAAGGUGAGGCUUGAAAAGCAAUUACAUGAUAUGGCAGUGGCUAUUGAAAGAUUGGAAAGUAGCCGCCAGAAACUUCUAAUGGAGAUCGAUUCACAAUCCUCAGAGAUAGAGAGACUAUAUGAGGAAAAUUCUAAUCUUUCUUCCGCUCAUCAAGAAGCUUUAGGGGUGGCGGUGCAGUGGGAGAAUCAGGUCAAAGAUUGUCUCAAGCAAAAUGAGGAGCUUCGUGUUAUGUUAGAUAAGUUAAGGAAUGACCAAACUGCAAUAGCAACUGCAAACAACAACCUGAUCCAGCAAGGCGUCAAAGGCAGCAAAAAUGAAAUUCAAGGCACAGAAUAUGCUGACAUCAUCUCCAUCAAGGGUUCGCUAGCUGAAGAGCAGAGCAAAAUAGAAGCCUUGUCUGCUGAAAUCUUGCAGCUUAAUGCACGGCUCCAGCAGGCCACACAAGCAUACAGUGGUCUCACUCGCAUCUAUAAACCUCUUUUAUGGAACAUUGAGAAUAGUCUCGUCAAGUUGAAACAAGAUAGCAGCACCGUAAGAGUUCAGUGAAGGUGUAACAUUUUAAGUGGUCCGACUCGACAGCUUUUGGAAGUUUAGAAAUAUCAAGUCCUGCAGCCAUGCCAUUUAUCUUGAAACAUCACCCCAGAUAAAAUCACAGAGCUUGUGGCCUGAUGAAACACCGAUAUUCACUGUUGGUUUAGCAAAAGUGGAGUGUUUGAUUUAGCAGUUGCACCUGUCAGCGUCAAGUUGUCGAGUAAUGAUUGCCCCAUUACUUUAGAAAGAACGCGCCUUAGAAGAAUGUUCACUUGGUAACAUGCAUUUACUUAGAUUCAGUAUCAUUGCAUCUUAUCUGGAUGAAUCAGUUUACUUCAGCAGCCAUGUACACUCAUGUUUGCUGAUCUGAAUCUGUUGCAAGUAAAUUCAAAUUCGAGGCUACAAGUUCACAUAGAGAACUAACUAGUAGAAACAAAGUGAAGGAAAUGGUUGAAAAUAGUAAGGUUCAUGUGUUAAGUACUAGUUCAUAUAUCUUUUAUUUAUGUUUUAAUUUGCGUAUC